AUGAACGAAGAUCAAAUGAGAGGUCAGUUUAAACGACUUAGUGAAAAUGCAAAAAAGUGGGUCGAGGUAUAUCAGGAAGCAUGGCAUCGAAGAAGAAGUGGAAUGAGUCAAAAAGAUAUUAAGAACGAAGUUGUUUAUGUGGCAAGUGGGAACAAGUUUAACGACAUUAUUGUUUUUAAUGGAGUUAUGUGUAAACACGAGAAGUGGGCUUUAGAGUUAGAUUGUGACACAACACGUUCUCGUCCUGAAUGUGAAGUGGGUAACGAAGAAAGUGGUGGUAGCACGAAAAGAUCAAGGACUACUGAAGAAGGGGAGUAUUGUGUUCUAACCCAGAAACGCCGACUAGUGAUGGUUCAACAGUUAAACAUCCAACAGGCAGAAAUGCGGCUAAAAAAAGGAAAAGGCAAGGCCUAUAAUGAAAUUGCUACAUAA